AUGGUGCUGGAGUCGGUGGUGGCGGAUCUGCUGAACCGCUUCCUGGGCGACUAUGUGGAGAACCUGAACAAGUCUCAGCUCAAGCUGGGCAUAUGGGGGGGUAAUGUGGCACUUGACAAUUUACAGAUAAAGGAGAAUGCAUUAAGUGAAUUGGAUGUACCUUUUAGAAUAAAAGUUGGUCAGAUAGAUAAACUUAGUCUGAAGAUUCCUUGGAAGAAUCUCUAUGGCGAGGCAGUUGUUGCAACUCUAGAAGGCUUGUAUCUUCUAGUAGUUCCUGGAGCAAGCAUUAAAUAUGAUGCAGAGAAGGAAGAAAAAUACUUGCAGGAUAAUAAACAAAAGGAACUGGCAAGGAUUGAGGAAGCCUUGCAGAAAGCGGCAGAAAAAGGCACUCAUUCACAAGAAUUCUUGUAUGGGUUGGAGAGUCUUAUUUACAAGGACACCAAGCCCGGACGUAAGCGUAAAAAGUAUAAAAAGCAUUUUAAGAGACCCUUUAAAAGUCAUGAUCGCUCAAAAGACAAACCAAAGGAGGAGAAGAAAGAUACUUUCUUAGAAAAGCUUGCGACUCAAGUUAUAAAAAAUGUGCAAGUCAAAAUCACAGACAUUCAUGUUAAAUACGAAGAUGAUAUCACAGAUCCACAGUGUCCAGUUUCCUUGGGAAUGACACUGGGCGAGCUUAGUUUACUGACAACAAAUGAGAACUGGACACCUUCUAUUCUGAAUGAAGCUGCAAAAAUAAUAUACAAGCUUUUGUGCCUGGACAGCCUCAGUGCUUAUUGGAACGUACACAGCAAAAUAUAUUAUCAUGGCUCCCGUGAACAAAUACUGGAUCAGCUGAAAAGAGGAAUUCCAUGUAGUGGUAACCAGCCUCAAGACUACCAGUAUAUUUUUAGACCAGUAUCAGCCUCUGCAAGACUGUAUAUCAACCCAUAUGCAGAAGUAGAACUAAAAACUCCCAAGCUUGAUUGUAAUGUAGAAGUACAGAGAAUUGUCAUUGAAUUCACUAAGCCACAGUACCUCAGCAUGAUAGACCUUCUGGAGUCCAUAGAUUACAUGGUUCGCAAUGUACCGUACAGAAGAUUUAGGCCAAAUGUAUCUCUCCAUAAGAAUGCCACACAAUGGUGGAAAUAUGCAGGUAACAGUGUUCUUGAAGUUCACAUCAAAAGACAUACUCGAAUGUGGUCAUGGAGUAACAUAAAACAACAUAGGCAGCUUCUGAAGAGUUACAAAAAUAUGUACAAGAACAAGCUGACACAGAGUAAACUGUCAGAAGAAACACAGAGGCAAAUUCAGGACCUAGAAAGAAAGCUUGAUGUCUUCAAUAUAAUCUUAGCAAGACAACAAGCACAAGUUGAGACAAUAAGAUCAGGACAAAAACUACUGAAGAAGAAAACCACUGAAGUAGAAAAAAAGAGUGGAGGAUGGUUUGGUGGUUUCUGGGGUAAAAGAGAAUCUAGGAAAAAAGAAGAUGAAGAAUCACUUGUUCCUGAAACCAUUGAUGAACUGAUGACACCAGAGGAGAAAGCUAAGCUUUUUACUGCUAUUGGGUAUAGUGACAGCUCCCAUCACCUUUCCUUACCAAAGCAGUAUGUUGCCCACGUUGUGACACUGAAGCUGUUAAGCACUUCUCUUACAAUUAAAGAAGACAAGAAUGUGGCAGAAACUCUUAAAGUACAGAUAAUUGAUCUGAGUACCAAAAUAUCACAGCGCCCAGGAGCACAAGCCAUUAAGGUUGAAGCAAAGCUUGAAAACUGGUACGUUACAGGCCUGAGACAAGAAAAUACUGUACCAUCUCUUGUGGCUUCCAUAGGGGAUAGCAAGUCUUCUCUACUUAAGAUAGAGUUUAAUGUUAACCCAGAGGAUAGUACUGCUGACCAGAGUCUUACUGUUGAAUCACAGCCUGUGGAAAUAAAAUAUGAUGCAAGAACAAUAAAUGCAAUGGUAGAGUUCUUUCAGACAAGUAAGGGAAUGGAUCUUGAAAGAUUAACAUCAGCCACGUUAAUGAAGCUGGAAGAAAUCAAGGAAAGAACUGCUACAGGAUUAGUUCAUAUUAUUGAAAUGCGGAAGGUCCUUGACUUGAAGAUUAAUCUGAAGCCUUCCUACCUUGUGGUUCCACAGACGGGUUUCUACCAUGACAAAUCAGAUUUGCUGAUUGUGGACUUUGGUACGUUUCAGCUGAACAGCAUAAAUCAAGGCAGUAGUCAAGCUUCUAGCUUUUCAUCUUUAGAGGAGAUUAUGGACAAAGCUUAUGACAAGUUUGAUGUGGAAAUAAAAAAUGUGCAACUUCUUUUUGGAAGAACAGGUGAAGACUGGAAGAAGGCUCGUUUUCAACAUCCAUCAACUUUGCACAUAUUGCAGCCUAUGGAUAUUCAUGUACAGUUGGCAAAAUCGAUGGUGGGAAGAGAUACCAGGAUGGCAAAGUUUAAAGUGUCAGGAGGACUUCCUUUGGUGCAUGUCAGACUCUCUGACCAGAAAAUCAAGGCAAUUUUUGAUCUGAUUGAUAGCAUUCCAUUCCCUCAGAUGUCAUCUGUGUUAAUUCCAAGCACGAAGGUACCGGCUAUUCCCACAAUUCCUAUUGUUCGUAAAGGGUUACUUAAUACACCGCAGUUGUUAGCAGAAAUAGCAUCAGACUCUGAAGAAGAAUAUUUUGAUUUUGAGGAAAGUUCUGAACCAACUGACAGGUCACUAAUUAAAGGAGAAGAAAUAAGAAAUAAGGAGCCUGCUAAAGAGGAACUGACAGAUCUUCAGUUGAAGUUUGAAAUCAAAGAGGUUUUAGUAGAACUCACCAGACAAAGGAAAACUGAGGAAACGGUACUUGUAUUUGAUGUAAUGCAUCUUGGGACAGCAGCUACUGUCAGAACCUAUAAUUUAGCAGCUACAUCUUAUUUAAAGAAAAUAAGCUUGGAUUACUAUGAAAUUGGAGGUAAAAAAGCACCGAUUCAUCUAAUUAGUUCCUCAGAUAAACCUGGCUUGGACCUUCUGAAGGUGGAAUACAUCAAGGCUGACAGGAAUGGGCCACACUUUCAGACAAUUUUUGACAACACUGAACAGAUGAUUCAAGUAGCUUUUUCAUCAUUGAACCUUCUACUGCAUACAGAGGCCCUUAUGUCUGCUGUCAGUUUUCUAACAGCUGUUAGUCCAUCAGGCAAUGAAAGUAGUGGAGCCACACCAACUAAAGAUGAAAAGCAAGAAGAUGACACUAGAUUGAAGAAAGGUACAGUUGUACCUUCCAAGGAUAAGGAUGUUUUUGACUUCAAGCUUUUUGCCAAGCUGGAUGCCUUCUGUUUAAAUAUUUGUGAUGAAAAAAAGAAUAUUGCAGAGAUCAAGAUACAAGGUCUUGACUCAUCUCUUCUCCUUCAGCCAAGUCACACUGUAUUCUUUGCCCGACUUGAAGAUAUAGUUGUCACAGAUGUUGAUUCAAGGACCCUUCAUAAAAAAGCUGUGUCUAUAGUAGGAAAUGAAGUUUUCAGUUUCAAUCUGACAUUAGAUCCAUAUGCUACUGAGGGAGAAGCCUACACAGACAUGUCAAAAGUGGAUGGUACCGUAUCUUUGAAAGUAGGCUGUAUUCAAAUAGUAUACCUUCACAAAUUUCUCAUGUCUCUUCUGACCUUCUUGAACAACUUUCAGACAGCUAAGGAGGCUCUGACUGCUGCUACAGUCCAAGCUGCAGAAAAGGCUGCUACCAGUGUAAAAGACCUGGCUCAAAGGAGUUUUCGACUUGCAAUGGACAUUCACUUGAAAGCACCAGUUAUAGUCGUUCCUGAGUCCUCAGUUUCUUCCAGUGCUAUAGUAAUAGAUCUUGGCUUGAUUCAGGUUCAGAACCAGUUCAGCCUGGUGUCUCCAGAAGGCAGUUUGCUCCCUCCAGUCAUUGACAAAAUGGAUGUGCAGCUGACAAAGCUGAAACUGUCUAGGACCACUAUGGAGACAGGUUUGUCGCAUCCAGACAUUCAGAUACUUCACCCUAUUAAUUUAAGGCUGUCUGUGAGACGAAAUCUGUCUGCAGCUUGGUUUCACAAAUUACCUGUAUUGGAGAUCACGGGGUAUCUGGAUACAAUGAACGUUGUGUUAAGUCAAGAGGAUUUGAAUGUCUUUCUCAAAGUGUUGACGGAAAACCUCGGUGAAGCAGAAGAAAAACAAACUCAUGCAAAAUCAGUACCGCAAAAGGAAGGUAAAACCAAAGAACUGGAGAAACUGGUUUUGACGCAGGAUAAGAGUGUUGCAGAAGGAAUGCUGUCUGAGAAGCAAAAAAGAAUAUUAAAUGAAGAUGUAAUCAAUGUGCAACUUAAUUUUGAAAUCAAAGAGGUUGUAGUAACCUUGAUGAAGCAGGUUCAGAAGGAGAGAUAUCCAUUACAUAUUCUAACUGUGCUACAGCUUGGAACUGAAACCAAAGUUAGAAAUCAUGAAUUGACUGCAGCAGCGUAUCUGAAAAAAAUUAUUAUGAGAUGCACUGAAAUAAAUGACUCAAAAGGAGAUCCUCUUUGCAUUAUUAAUUCUUCAAGUGAGACAGAUGAACAUCUUCUGAAAAUGGAAUACGUUAAGGCUGAUGCUGAUGGACCAGAUUUUGUUACUACUUACAGAAGCACCAAGCAAAACAUCAAUGUCAUCUUUUCAUGUUUGGAUAUAGUACUUCACACAGAGGCUUUGCUUUCCAUAAUGAGUUUUCUCACAUUCAGUGUGCCAUCAGGUGGUCUUCCCAGUACUGAUAAAGCAUCAGACCACAAGCCUCAAAUAAAAGAACAAGAAAAAAGAAGUACUCUUAGACCAGUGUCUGGUAAUGCAGCCCAUGAUGAUAUCUGUGAAUUAAAACUAACUGCAAAGCUAAACGCAUUUGGUAUUGCAGUGUGUGAUCAGACCUGUAGAAUUGCAGACAUUAGAAUACAAGGAAUGGAUGCAUCUGUAGCUAUGAAAACGAAAAAGAUUAAAGUGUUCUCCAGACUUGAGGACAUUGUAAUUAUAAAUGUUGAUCCAAAAACAAUCCAUAAAAAGGCUGUCUCCAUAAUGGGAGAUGAAGUGUUUAGAUUUCACAUGUCACUUUAUCCAGAUGCUACUGCAGGGGAAGCCUACGCUGAUAUGUCAAGGGUGGAUGGUAAAAUGUCUCUGAAAGUGGGCUGCAUCCAAAUAAUUUACCUACAUAAAUUCUUCAUGUCUCUCUUGAACUUCCUAAACAAUUUCCAAAUGGCACAAGAAGCCCUGACUGCAGUCACUGUCCAGGCAGCAGAAAUGGCUGCUUCCAGCAUGAAAGACUUUGCUAAAAAGAGCUUCCGCCUUUUAAUGGAUGUCAACUUGAAAGCUCCAGUUAUAGUUGUUCCUGAAUCUUCAACUUCAUAUAAUGCUUUGGUAGCUGAUCUUGGCUUAAUCAGAGUUCAGAAUGAAUUCAAGCUGGUGUCUUCAGAUGAAUCUUCUCUUCCUCCUGUCAUUGACAACAUGGAUGUGCAGCUAACUCAUUUGAAAUUAUCAAGGUGCAUUAUAUCCACAGAUUCUCAAAGAGAUUCUGAAAUUCUGCAUCCUCUGAGUUUGACUUUACUGGUCCAGAGAAAUUUAGCAGCAAGUUGGUAUCAUAAAGCCCCAACAAUUGGUAUCAAAGGAGACCUAAAACCAAUGCAGAUUGCACUCAGUGAAGAUGAUCUGACUGUUGUCAUGAAAAUUUUACUUGAAAACCUUGGAGGGGCAUCUUCCGAGACAAAUACUGUGCAAGAGAAUAUUGAAAAUACGCAGAUACUAAAAAAAGGGAAAGUUGCAAAUGAAUCUGAUUUCCGUGAGGUUCAGUGUUCUGCAGAGUGUUAUACAGCGCUUAAAUUUGACUUUAAUUUUGAGUCGCUUUCAGUAACUCUCUACACUAGGGAUACCAAUCAGGAGUCUCUGCUUUUGCUGCAUAGUGACAAACUGUGCCUUGGUGAACUCCGACUGCAUCUUAUGGCAUCGUCGGGAAAGAUGUUUUCAGAUGGCUCAAUGGAUAUUAAUGUUAAACUCAAGGCAUGUACCCUGGAUGAUCUUAGAGAAGGAAUUCAGAAUGUGACUGCAAGAAUGAUAGACAAGAAAGAUGACACAAAUGACAGUUCUAUGAUAGAUAUAAGCUACAAGCAGGAUAAAGAUGGAACUGAAGUCGUUGCUGUCCUUGACAAGCUGUACGUAUGUGCCAGUAUGGAGUUUUUGUUGGCAGUAGCAGAUUUUUUCAUUAACUCAAUGCCGGCAUCCUCAACUGAAAGAUCUGCACAGUUCCAAUUAAAGCAUGUUGCUUCUGGGAAAUCCAAGCCAGAAACAGAAAUAUCUGCAUGGCCAAAUAUGACAGUGAAAGCUGUGAUCAUGGAUCCAGAAAUUGUAUUUGUUGCUAAUUUGACCAAUGCUGAUGCCCCUGCCUUAAAAGUUUCCUUCCAAUGUGACUUUUCUCUGACAUCUGGAAAGCUCGCACAAAGGAUGACUGCUCAAGUGAAGGGCUUCAAAGUGUUGGCCUGUGCCUUUCUCAAAGAAAAACAAGACAAGAGUGUUACUUCGGUGUUACAGCCAUGUUCUUUGGUCAUGGAAAAUAUGAUGCAUGUCUCAGGGUUACAAACUGUGGUUGUAACAGUAGAAGAACUUACUAUAAAGAUAUCACCAAUAAUUCUGAAUACUGUGAUGACCAUUAUGGCUGCCAUAAGACCCAAAACAACAGAGGAGGAUUCUAGAGGAACAACUGAAGUUUCUGAGAAUCUGUGGCAAGUGAAGCCUAUAGAUGAGUGCAGUGCUUGGUUUCUUGGUGUUGAUGUAGCCACAGAAGCAACAGAAACUUUCAAGGACUGUGAACAUACACUGAAGCAAGAGAAAUUUGACAUUGUAGUGAAAUCAGUUCAGAUGACCUUGGAAUGUGGUCUGGGACAUCGUACUGUCCCUUUAUUGUUAGUAGAAUCUGUGUUUUCGGGUGUCCUUAAAAACUGGUCCUCACUGAUGGAGGUCACUGCUGAUAUGUCACUGGAGAUUCAUUAUUACAAUGAAACCUAUGCAGUAUGGGAGCCGCUUAUUGAACGAAUUGAAGGAGGAAGGAAGCAGUGGAGUUUAAAGCUGGAAAUGAAGACUAACCCUGUCCAAGAGAGAAGUUUGAUGCCUGGGGAUGAUUUCAUUGUUCUUCCUGAGCCACAAACUGCAGUUAAUAUCUCUUCGAAGGAUACAAUGAAUAUAACAGUAUCCAAAUGUUGUCUUGCUGUUUUCAGUAAUUUAGCCAAGGCGUUUUCAGAAGGGACUGCACCCACGUUUGACUAUUCCUUUAAAGAGACAGCACCUUUCAUAUUGAAAAAUGCCCUAGGUGUUCCUCUCAAAGUGCUUCCUAGCUCCAAUUUUCGGAUAGUUGGUUCAGUUGAAAAAGAAAACGUGAAUGAGGUAGAAAUUGGUCAGAACAUGGAACUGGAAUACUCUGUUUUUGAAGUGCCCCAACGAGGAAAGUUGUCUGCAUUGUACCGACAAGAAAGCUCUGCCUUCUCUUUAAAUUUAGAACUUCAAGGAUAUAAAGAAGUGGUAAACAUUCCCAUAGCCAAACCAGGUCGACGACUGUACAACGUAAGAAACCCUCUUGUUGAUCGUUCAGAGUCGAUCAUUGUACAGAUAGAUGCUACAGAAGGAAAUAAGGCUAUUACUGUACGAUCUCCUCUGCAGAUCAAGAACCAUUUCUCAAUCCCAUUUAUAAUCUAUAAACUGGCUAGAGACUCCAAGCUGCUGGAGCCAGUUGGUAUAUCCAAGCCAGAAGAGGAAUUUCAUGUUCCUUUACAUUCAUACAGGUGUCAUCUGUAUGUUCGACCAACAGGAAUGUUAGAGGGUCAGUUUAAAGAGUCCACAACUUACAUUGCAUGGAGGGAAGAGCUACAUAGGAGCAAUGAAGUAAAGUGCUUGUUACAGUGCCCAGCCAUGGAGACAAAUUUCUUGCCUCUAAUCAUCAGCUCAACAGCUGUACCUGAUGAACUAAAUUUUAUUUCAACUUCUGGAGGGGAGUGGGAUCCUGCCUACAUUAUCCACCUUUACCCUACAUUGACUGUGAGGAAUCUUUUACCAUACUCCUUGAGAUAUUUACUUGAGGGAACAGCAGAAGCCCGUGAAUUGACAGAAGGGAGUGCUGCAGAUGUUUUUCAUUCAAGAAUCAAUGGAGAAAUAAUGGAGCUUGUGUUGAUAAAAUAUCAAGGCAAAGACUGGAAUGGCCAUCUUAAAAUUUGUGAUGGGAUGCCUGAAUUUUUUUCUGUGUGUUUCACAUCCCAUUCUGCGACAGUGAUGACAGUGGAUAUUUACAUACAUUCUAGGCGGAUUGGAAGCCGUAUGAUCUUGUCUGUAUUCAGUCCUUACUGGAUAAUCAACAAGACUUCCCGUAUUCUCCAGUAUCGAGCUGAAGACACUCAUGUGAAGCAUCCAGCAGACUACAGAGAUAUUGUUUUGUUCUCCUUUAAAAAGAAAAAUAUUUUUAGUAAAAAUAAGAUCCAGUUACGUAUUUCAACUAGCACUUGGUCCAGUAGCUUUUCCCUUGAUACUGUAGGAAGCUAUGGAUGUGUCAGGUGUUCAGCGAAUAACAUGGACUAUCUGGUUGGAGUUAGCAUCAAAAUGAGCAGUUUUAACCUUACCAGGAUAGUUACCUUCACUCCAUUCUACACAAUAGCAAACAAAUCUUCUCUGGAACUAGAAGUUGGAGAAAUUGGUCCUAAUGGCUCUUUUCCAACUAAUAAAUGGAAUUAUAUCUCGACUUCAGAGUGUCUUCCAUUUUGGCCUGAAAACUCAUCUGGUGAACUUUGUGUAAGAGUAGUUGGCUGUGAAAGCUCAUCCAAACCAUUCCUGUUUAAAGCCCAGGAUAAUGGUACUCUGCUGAGGCUGGAAGAAUUGAAUGGGGGCUUACUGGUAGAUGUGAACGUUUCUGAGCAUUCUACUCUCAUAAGCUUCUCUGAUUACCAUGAGGGAGCUGCUCCAGCUCUUAUUGUUAACCAUACUUCAUGGGAUUCGCUCAGAUAUAAACAGAGUGGAUUACAAGAGGAAAUGGAGCUGAAACCAAAGCAAGUAUGCCUGUUCGCAUGGACAGAUCCAACUAAAACAAGAAAAUUGACUUGGGGCUACUCCCAAAAUUUUGGUGAACAUGACCUACUUAAGGAUGAAUGUGGCCAAUUCCCUUACAAUGCAAAUACUCAGAUACACUGGGUGUCUUUCCUGGAUGGACGCCAACGAGUGCUACUUUUCACAGAUGAUGUUGCAUUAGUUUCUAAAGCACGACAAGCAGAGGAGCUGGAGCAACCUGAUCAAGAAAUAAGCUUGUCAAUCCAUAGUCUUGGACUUUCUCUUGUUAACAACGAAAAUAAAAAAGAAAUCUCUUAUAUUGGAAUUACUAGUUCUGGUGUUGUUUGGGAACUGAAACAGAGGCAAAAGUGGAAACCAUUUAAUCAAAAGCAAAUAAACCUUUUGGAACAAGCCUAUCAAAAGUAUCUUUGUAAGAGUGCUUUCCAAGCUCCAGGUUGGCAUAAACUAGACAGCAAUACUGAGGUGAAUUUUAGUAAGGUUCCAAUGGAAAUGCGUCUCCCAGUCAGAUGCAGCAUCCGACGCAACUUCCUGUCAGGAAUUCAGGUUGAAUUCAAACAGUCGCCUCACCAAAGAAGCUUACGGGCUCAAUUGUAUUGGCUGCAGGUUGAUAAUCAACUACCAGGAUCGAUGUUUUCUGUUGCAUUUCACCCUGUAGCCCCUCCCAAGUCGAUUGCUCUGGAUUCAGAACCAAAACCCUUCAUUGACAUCAGCGUCAUCACUAGGUUCAACGAAUACAGCAAAGUACUGCAAUUCAAAUACUUCAUGGUUCUUAUCCAGGAAAUGGCACUGAAAAUUGAUCAAGGAUUUUUAGGAGCACUUAGUGAACUUUUCACUCCAUCUACAGACCCAGAAGCUGAAAGGCAAAGGUCUAAAUUAAUUCAGCAAGAUGUAGAUGCACUUAACACUGAGCUAAUGGAGUCUUCCCUAACAGACCUGUCAAUGCUCAGCUUCUUUGAGCAUUUCCAUAUUUCUCCAAUUAAGUUGCAUUUGAGUCUGUCUCUGGCUUCUGGUGGAGAAGCAUCAGAUAAGGGGGAAGAAAUGAUAGCCAUCCAUUCUCUGAAUUUGCUGUUGAAAAGUAUUGGAGCUACUCUAACAGAUGUGGAUGAUCUUAUUUUCAAACUUGCUUUCUUUGAAAUUAAAUAUCAGUUCUACAAGAGAGACCAACUGAUGAAGAGAGUUGUUAGACAUUACAGCGAACAACUCCUGAAACAGAUGUAUGUUCUUGUACUUGGGUUAGAUGUUCUUGGAAAUCCAUUUGGCUUAAUCAGAGGCUUGUCUGAGGGAGUUGAAGCUUUCUUCUAUGAGCCGUUCCAGGGUGCUGUUCAGGGACCUGAAGAAUUUGCUGAAGGCUUUGUAAUUGGUGUCAAAAGUCUUCUUGGACACACAGUGGGUGGUGCAGCAGGGGUGGUGUCUAGGAUCACUGGUUCUGUUGGAAAAGGCUUGGCUGCUAUAACUAUGGAUAAAGAAUUUCAGCAGAAACGGAGAGAGGAAAUGGGUCGGCAGCCAAAAGACUUUGGUGACAGCCUGGCCAAAGGAGGAAAAGGCUUGUUACGGGGUGUUGUUGGAGGUGUCACAGGCAUAAUUACUAAACCUGUAGAAGGGGCUAAAAAAGAAGGUGCAGCCGGCUUCUUUAAAGGAAUUGGAAAGGGGCUUGUAGGAGUGGUAGCCCGCCCAACAGGUGGCAUCGUGGAUAUGGCAAGCAGUACCUUCCAGGGAAUUCAAAGGGUGGCAGAAUCAACCGAAGAAGUAUCUAAUCUCCGUCCUCCACGUUUCAUUCAUGAAGAUGGCAUCAUCCGGCCAUACGAUAGGGUGGAAGCUGAGGGUUACGAUUUAUUUGAGAAAUUGCACAUCAGAAAACUGGAAAAAGAGAGCUAUCAAUUCCACUGUGCACUUCCAAGAGGCAGAAGAGCAAACCUUAUUGUUACCAAUAGGAGAGUGAUAUAUGUCAAAGAAGUGGAAAUCUUAGGCCAUUUAACAACAGAGUGGGAUUACUUAUUUGAAGACUUUACAUGCUAUCCCUCCUAUGAAGCAAAUGCUUUAAAAAUAACUGUUUUGGAUCAAAGGAUGUUCCAAAGGAAGGACAGCACAGGUCAUGAAUGUGUAAAGACAGUUCAGCUUCAGGAUGAAACUACAGCAAGGAGGAUUUGUUGUGCCAUUCAGGAAGCCCAAGCAACAAGAGAACAACAGAAGUUGGUGAAGCAAGCAUUGUUGCAGUUGCGGAAACCACAAAUGCUGUCUUGAUAAUGACAGGAUUUGUCGGGUUUGACCUUUGGUAUGCAAUUUUAUCCCUAAAAUUGAUUAGCAGCAGCAUAGAAACAUUGUGCAGAAAGUAAAGAUAAAAUAUCUGAUGUCUUCCUUCGAAGUUAACAGCCAUAAACACUUUAAGAAGCUAUGCCUGUAUCUAAAACUGUGGAUUUCAUUAUUCUAAUAUACGCGUUUAAGUUUAAAAAUUACAACUUUUGCUGAGAAGUUUUCCCACUGAAAUUUUCUUUUCUGCCCUUUUUCAAGUCAGGAGUUCUUGUAAAUGGAUUCUAAAAUGAAGUGGUUAUCUGAUUUGCGCUGUAAGUUUAUGGUUUACAGACAGGCUGUAGUAAUUGUGGUUCUAGUGUUUUGCAAAAUAAAGUACUUAUGUUACUGGUGGAAACUAAUUAGGAACUCCUUGUAUUUUAGGCAGCAUUCUCUUUAAAUUAAGCAAGAAGUGUACACAAUUUAGCUACUAUAAUUUCAUCCCUGUCUGUUUAGUAUUAGAAAACACAGCACUGGAGCAACGUAAGAAUGAGUAUGUAUGAAAGAAAUAGGCUAUUGUUGUCUGGAAAUGCUUACUUUGGAAUGUUGUCACUUUUUUAUACUGUAAAUGAAACACUGCACUUCAAAAAUGGAAAAUAUUACUCACCUGUCGUGCGAGUGUAUGGUUUUGGUUGUAUUGCUGUAGCUUAAAGACUUCCUCAGGAGGAACAGCAUGCUGGUUUUAGACAGCAUUGUAUGUCAAAAGCUUAAAUCAGACUAAUUAGCUUUCCGUAUUUCAGUGUAUAGUUACUCCACUGGAAGAGUGCCAUCUCAUUAAACGAAAAGUCACUUCUAAUAGAAUAUUUUGUUGCAGUUUCUCUUCCUGAAGACUGUUAGCAUUCAGUUUAGUAAAAUAUUUAAGCACAUUUAAAGUAUAUGCCUAGUUCUUAAUGGUAUGAAUAAUCCCACAAACUUCAUUGAGUCAAGUUCCAUUCUUAACACUAGGCACAUAUAUAAGUAACUGUCUGGGUCAAGGACUAUAUGAGCAAACAGAUUUUAGUUCAGUGAUCAGUAAACUGAGAGCUCUUGCUGUCAGUCUUUUGGCUCUCGAAUAAGAUAUAAAGUGUCCUUUCAAAUACUUACUCUUGAAAAUUUGCUCUUUCUAACUUACUUCACUUGGAAAGAAUGAUUUCUGGGUUUUUUAUUUAAUUUUGUACUAGAUAGUAGCUAUAGAUAUGAACUCAGUGAAUAGAAAUGGCAGUAUUCUUGCAUAUUCAGUAAGCAGAGUAAUCAUGAGAACUAGGCCUGGAUUUUUUGAACUCUUUACACUUAAGGGCUGGUAGUUUGAAUAAAGGUACUCUUAACCUGUACCUAUUUGGAAGUUAGCUGCUAAACACAGAACUUUUAGAGAGCAUCUGCAGACGUGGUUUUAUUGCUAUUGUGUGCACAUGGCUGUUAGUCUGAUUUGCUGUGAUGGAAAAAAUGUGGUGUAACCUUUAAUUCUGUGAUAUCACCUAUUUUCUAGAAAGCUCUGCUCAAAUAUUAACUAAAUUAGCUGUCUAGGUUUGUAUGUAUUUCAAGCCCGUGUUGAAGAAAAAA